GCCGGGAGCCCCGCAGCCCGCCCGGGAACAGCAAGCCGCUCUCCUCGUUUCCCAGAGGCGGAUCCCGCUGCCCCGGUGAGAACCGCGUCCCACCGUGCUCUCCGGCAGCCCGCGGCCCGCUCCCGGGUGGAUGGUGGGAUGCUUGACGUGUCUCCCACCCCCGGUCGGCGGACGGCGGGGGCGGAGAGUGGGUAUAAGACAUACAUGGCUCCUGGUUCCUCAAAUAAGAAGAAAACUGAUGAUGGACAGGCUUCAAAAGAGAAUUUUAUUCAUCUCUGCAACCCUCACCUGGAGAAAAUGAAAGAAGACAUCCUGUACCAUUUUGCUCUUGGGACCGGUACCCAUGAUUUUCCAACAUUGUUUGGGGAUGUAAAGUUUGUGUGUGUUGGAGGAAGCCCUUCCAGGAUGAAAGCUUUCAUUGCCUACAUAGCAGAGGAGCUGGGGCUCGGGAGCCCCGGGUGUGACUACCCCAACAUCUGCGCGGGCACUGACCGCUACGCCAUGUACAAAGUGGGGCCCGUGCUGUCUGUCAGCCAUGGCAUGGGCAUUCCUUCUAUUUCAAUCAUGUUGCACGAGCUGAUCAAACUGUUGUAUCAUGCAAAGUGUUCCGACAUAACCAUCAUUCGCAUUGGCACCUCUGGUGGAAUAGGUCUGGAGCCAGGCUCAGUGGUUAUAACUAGGCAGUCUGUAGAUGCCACCUUCAAGCCUCAGCUGGAACAGGUUGUUCUGGGAAAGACAGUAAUUCGCAGCACCAACCUCGAUGAACAGCUGGCUAAGGAGCUGAUGCAGUGCAGUAAAGAAAUUGGUCAGUUCAAUACAGUCAUUGGAAACACCAUGUGCACUUUGGAUUUUUAUGAAGGACAGGGCAGGUUGGAUGGUGCAAUCUGCUUAUAUGAUGAGGAAGAAAAGCUGCAAUAUUUGAAGAAUGCUUAUGAGUCUGGCGUGAGAAACAUCGAGAUGGAGUCUUCUGUAUUUGCUGCAAUGUGUAAUCUCAGUGGUGUCAAAGCUGCUGUAGUGUGUGUCACUCUUCUGAAUCGACUCGAAGGGGAUCAGAUCAGCAGCCCACAUGAUGUCCUUGUGGAGUACCAGCAGAGGCCACAGAAGUUAGUGGGAUAUUUCAUUAAGAAAAGUCUUGGGAAAGUAUGAAAUAUCCAUCUCGUGUUUUAGAGCAGGAGAAGGCCUUUGUACAGAUCUGGUUAUGCCUUCAGUGCAUUGCAGGUCUUUUCCCUCAGAGUAACUUACAGCAUUCCGUGUGUCAGUGGAAGUUAAUCAUUUAUGUCACUGCUCUUUGGGAACUGAAUAUGCUGAAGGACUUCACUUAAGGUUUGCUUAGUUAUGCAUUGCUGGAUAGAAAACUCACUUUUCUGCGAAUUGGAAAGUGGAUCUGUUGUGAAGGACAAGUCUGUGAUAAUACAUGAAAAAGCUUUAUUUUUCUCUGCUGUAAAGGAAAAACUAGAGAGAUGAUCAAACUUUAUGGCCAAGUACAUGCAUACCAGCAAAUUAACUUAAAAAUUUGAAUAAUUUUCUUGUUGUUAUAAAAAAUUAAAUAAGUUAUAAUUGUCUUUGUUUCUUCACUUGUAAAUAAAA